AUGUGCGUUAUAAUUUUCAAGAUCCCCCAUGAAUUAGCAAUAAAUUCCAAUCAAAUAAUGAAUAAAUGUUUAAUAUAUUUAUAUCUACUAACAUUCAUAAUAAUUGUAUAUGUACAAUGUUCUGAUAAGCCUAAUGAUAAAUCAACUAACAAAGGUAUUAGUUUAGUAUCAUAUACUGAUAGUGAAGAGGAAGGGGAAGGCGAAAAUUUUGAGGUGGCAGAAGGAACAAUAGAAAGUACCAAAACUACUGAAAGGGAUCAACAAAUUAUUCAACCUGAACAAACAGACUUGUCAACUCAUCCCCAACAAAAAAUUCCUUACAAUAUCCCUCAACCAUAUUAUCCUGGAUAUAUACCUCCACCUUAUCCACCAUAUCAACCUCAGCAAUAUGCACCACCCCCUAUAAGACCAAUUCAACCAUAUCAACCAAUAACCCAACCAGGGCAGUAUUAUCCGCCGCCCCCUAUAAGACCAGUUCAACCUUAUCAACCUCAGCAAUAUGCACCACCCCCUAUAAGACCAAUUCAACCAUAUCAACCAUAUCAACCAUAUCAACCUCAACCCACUCAACCUUAUCCAACUCAUCAACCUUAUCAACCAUAUUAUCCUGGAUAUAUACCUCCGCCUUAUCAACCUCCAACUCCAGAAUCUACUGAUGAAAUUGACGAAUCAAGCGAAUCUAGAGUGCAUUAUAAAAUUGAUAAGGGGUCCGAAAUGACUGUAGAAAAAAUCAGAAGAUGUGAAUCAAUUAAAUUUUAUAAGAGAGAUGAAAAUGGUGAAGUAGUUAGGAUGUCUGAUAAAGAUUACAAAAAAUUAUUUGAGGACCAUAAUUUAUGCAAAUAUGAGUUUUAUGAAGAUCUUGAGGAAGUUAAGUUUGAUAAUGAAACUGUUUAUUGUCACAUGUUAGGAAAGGCUUAUUGCAAUUCACUAACUUAUAAUAAACUCAAGAAUAAGUUUAUUGUUAGGAAUAAAGAUGGAUUCAUUGAAUGCAAAUUUGACAAGGGCCAAUGGAAAACAGGUUUCAAGGGUAUUCCAGAUUACGUUAAGUUUUAUAGAAAUGUUCAAGGUAAUCUUGUUGCAAUGACUAAUCAACAUUAUUGUAUUGAAUUUAAUUCAAUUGGAUCAAUUAUGUAUCAAUUUAGGCCAGGUAUAAAGUGCUGUAAAGUUGUUGUUAGAGGACAAGUGGCAUGGGAAAAGUAUGAUUCGGAAAGAUACCCUACCGCAGCCUCCCUUACUAGAAGUAAUGAUGUCAUAAUGUACUUCGGUAACACAUGUAAAGUAUAUGUGAAAAGGUCUAGUACCAAUCAAUAUGUGUUUAAGUGUAAAAAAAGAAAUUCGAGAAGUAAACGCAGUUAAAUUUUUUAAGAUUUAUUGAUUUUUUUAUUAAUCUAAUAUCCUAUUCUAUA